AUGCACUCUACGAUUGGUUCCAUAGGUUAUGGAGUCUGCACUCGAGGAGAAGCAAAAUGUUAUCAAAAUGCUAAGAGAGAUGCAGAGAAAGAAACUUUUCAAGUGGUAGCUCUUAGAGGAAGUCCGAAAGAAAAGGAAGCUGAAAUUGAGGAUUUGAAGCACCGUCUUGAAUGCCCAAAUAAGAUAUGGUCGAUGAGCAUAGAUGACCCAUCCAGCCCACCAUUAAAGUUGACUAUGGCCUCGAAUCUGGUAAACAAGGAUAAGAGGGGCAAUGGAGGUAACACUACAUCCACCAAUAUAGAAAAUGGUGGUGAUGCUGCUAGAUUUGAAGAUGCGAGUGAAAGCUGGGUAGGCAUUACUGACAGGAGAGGAGUGUACAGAGAGUAG